CAUAUCUUCUGUUUUAAGUCAAAAAUAAAACAAAAUGGAUUAUGAUUUAGCACGAAUUGACUACACACUUUGUGGAAUAACAUAUCCACAUGCAUUAAAGAUAUUAUCGUCUACAGACCAAAAGAUACAUCAGAAGUUUAUAAUAGGCGACAAAAAUGGAGUAUUACAGUGUUUAAGUGUUAUCGAUGAAGAACCUGUUGUACAUUUUAAAACAUUACCAGGGAAGCCCAUAACUUCUGUACAACUUGCUUCGUCAGUAGGGAACAAUACUGACAAAAUUUUUGCUGCGUCGGGAAACGAAGUCAAGGGUUACACAAAGAAAGGCAAAGUGUUCCUCAGUAUUGAAACUUCAGUUUCAGAAACAAUCACAUCCAUGUGUGUAUUAGGCAAUGAUCUCAUCAUUUGUAGUGGAAAAACGGUUACCUUUUACAGAGAGCUUCAGGAACAGUAUAGCUUUGUAUGUGAUGAUAGGGUUCUCGAUGCUGUCGCUUUUGCUAUGCCAAAUAAAAGUCGUAUAAGAAUACUAGUGCUAAUAGCAAAUAAAGAGGCGCUAAUUAUUGAAAAUGGAAAAAUACAAAAACAUACCCAUAUUUCUGCUGGGCCAACUCGAUUUACAAUACCGCAGUCUUUACAUCCAGCUGAAGUAUGCGCUCUUUAUGGUGCAGUGGACGGGUCCAUUGGGAUAAUUUUUUAUGAGGAAUCAGAGCUCUCCGCUAAGUGUUUGGUAGAAGGAUGUGGAUUGGGUUCAGUAACGUGUGUUGGAUGGUUAACAAACAAUUCAGGUACGCAUUUAGCGGUAGGAAGACACGACGGCUCAAUUCAACUAUAUCUUGUCAACCCUGAGAAUUUAAAAGAAAAACCGAGACUGAAGUUUACAUAUUUUUCCGGUGAACCCGUAACGUCAGUGUGUGGUGGCUGUAUUAGUACAAAUGAACCAGAAUUGCUUGUAGCUACAUUUUCGGGAAGGAUUUUCGGUUUGAGAUCAAGCAGACUUAUUUCUUCCGUAAAUGCUAUUUCUGGGGACGCCCUAGCUACACGACGUUCUAAGCUCGUAGCUGAGGUUGCCCGGUUAGAGAAACAAACUGCAAACGAACGUGAGAAAUAUCAAAAAAACACUCGUUCCGUAUACGGUGGAAUAUCGGCCCCGCCACUUUUGGAUAUAGAACAUGAGCUCUCGGGAGCAAGUCAUGAUGGUUGGCAAGAAGCUAAAAUCACUUCCGCCGUACCACUGGAUAUGAUUUUUGUGUAUUGCGAGAGCAAACUGGAAAUUCAGACUGAUAAUGCCGCUGUACUAAGCACAUGUGCACCUCAGACAUCAAACGACACAGAAUUGCUGACCGCUAUUAGAUGUCAAGCCGGUACAAGGCGACUUUGGUUGCGUAUGCGCAACCUAGUCUUUGAAGAUACGAAGAUGGAAGGAACACGUGUACUCGUGUACAUUUUACCAGCGGGAGUUCCCCGAGUUGCUAGACUAAUCAAAUUUCAUUUACCGAUUUUGCCUCAUUAUUCGAAACAUGAACCCUUGGAAAUAGAAGACAAUAAAAGGUCUUGGUGUGAAAUCAGAGUUACGGGAGCUUUCUCAGUCGCUGAAAUGACGUCGUGGUUGACGGAACUACUCCCUGGCGAACUACCGAGACCAGCUAAUAACGUUACCUUUGCUCGAUCCCAUUCUUUCCUCGAAACUUACCUCAUAUGCAAAUAUCAGCGUGGGUCAGCACUUUUUAAGUCGGACAAUAUAUCAACAGUAUUGACAUUCAAAAAUUUCAUUUCAAAUUGUUGUAUAAAAAGAAAUAUUCGUGAAGAUAUUGUUUACGAAGUUCCAGAAGAUAUUUGCCUGACUUCGUUUCAAUUGAUUAAAAAUAAAUUUAAAUCUGAAUAUCACAGAAAAAAAGAUAUUGACAUAAAAAAAGCAAUAAGUUCUCUAGAUUUGGACGCUUACGCUCUAAAUGAUGCAACAACGCCAGUAUUAUGUGAGGAGUACCUCCGUAUAUGGAAAAUAUCUGACGAUAACAGCACAGAGACAAAUUACGACCAACUCGUAGAGACAGUAGAAAACUGGUAUAAAGAUUGGUUUAAAUUAUCAAUAAAUGGAAUUCAUAGCAAUAAUCAGUUUACAAAUUUACAAACUGCUCUAAAGGAUUGUCAACUUGAUGAAAUUAAGAAAAUUUUAGACUUCAAACAAAACUCUUUACAGAACACAGUUAAUUAAUAACUACCAUUGAAACUUUGCAGCGAUAUUUUAUUUUACAGAAUUUCUUUUUGGCAACAACUGAAGCAAGUCGCGUCAUGAUUGUAAAUUGUAAAACUCUUAAAGUACUUAUAUAAGAACGUAUUGUUUAAAUUAAGUAACAUAGAAUAUUAUUUUAAAAUUAUGUAUCUAAAUAAAUGUUUAAGCGAA